AUGGCGGCCAACGGCAACGACGGUCUGUGCGUGGCCAAGCCGCGGAGCGCUGCUGACCCGCUCAACUGGGGGAAAGCGGCUGCGGAGCUGUCGGGGAGCCAUGUGGACGCGGUGAAGCGGAUGGUGGAGGAGUACCGCAGGCCGGUGGUGGUCAUGGAGGGCGCGAGCUUGACCAUCGCCCAGGUCGCGGCCGUGGCCGCGGCCGGCGGGGCCAGGGUGGAGCUCGACGAGUCCGCGCGCGGCCGCGUCAAGGAGAGCAGCGACUGGGUCAUGGCCAGCAUGGCCAACGGCACCGACAGCUACGGCGUCACCACCGGCUUCGGCGCCACCUCCCAUCGGAGGACCAAGGAGGGCGGCGCCCUGCAGAGGGAGCUCAUCCGCUUCCUUAACGCCGGGGCGUUCGGCACCGGCAGCGACGGCCACGUGCUGCCCGCGGCCACCACGCGCGCGGCGAUGCUCGUCCGCGUCAACACCCUGCUCCAGGGCUACUCCGGCAUCCGCUUCGAGAUCCUCGAGACGAUCGCCACGCUGCUCAACGCCAACGUGACGCCGUGCCUGCCGCUCCGGGGCACCAUCACCGCUUCCGGCGAUCUCGUCCCACUCUCCUACAUCGCUGGACUUGUCACCGGCCGCCCCAAUGCCGUGGCUGUGGCUCCCGAUGGCACCAAAGUUAAUGCCGCCGAGGCAUUUAAGAUUGCCGGCAUCCAGCACGGUUUCUUCGAGCUGCAGCCCAAGGAAGGCCUUGCUAUGGUUAAUGGCACCGCCGUGGGCUCUGGGCUAGCGUCGAUUGUUCUCUUUGAAGCGAACAUCCUUGGUGUCCUUGCUGAAGUUUUGUCGGCUGUGUUCUGCGAAGUGAUGAAUGGCAAGCCAGAGUACACCGACCACCUGACUCACAAGUUAAAGCACCACCCUGGACAGAUCGAGGCCGCGGCUAUCAUGGAGCACAUCCUAGAGGGCAGCUCCUACAUGAUGCUUGCCAAGAAACUUGGUGAACUCGACCCUUUGAUGAAGCCAAAGCAAGAUAGAUAUGCUCUCCGCACGUCACCGCAAUGGCUCGGCCCACAAAUUGAGGUCAUUCGUGCAGCGACAAAGUCGAUCGAGCGCGAGAUCAACUCCGUCAAUGACAACCCACUCAUUGACGUAUCUCGUGGAAAGGCAAUCCACGGCGGCAACUUCCAGGGCACACCCAUCGGUGUGUCAAUGGACAACACGAGGCUUGCCAUUGCUGCGAUCGGCAAGCUCAUGUUUGCCCAAUUCUCGGAGCUGGUGAACGACUACUACAACAAUGGCUUGCCCUCCAACCUCUCUGGUGGCCGCAACCCAAGCUUGGACUAUGGCUUCAAGGGUGCCGAGAUCGCCAUGGCGUCAUACUGCUCGGAGCUUCAAUUCUUGGGCAACCCUGUGACCAACCAUGUCCAGAGCGCGGAGCAGCACAACCAAGAUGUUAACUCCCUCGGAUUAAUCUCGUCUCGGAAGACCGCCGAGGCCAUCGACAUUCUGAAGCUCAUGUCCUCUACGUUUCUGGUUGCGUUGUGCCAAGCCAUCGACCUGCGCCACCUUGAAGAGAAUGUCAAGAAUGCCGUCAAGAAUUGUGUCACGAGAGUGGCUAGGAAGACCCUGAUCACAAAUGACAUGGGUGGCCUCCACAACGCUCGUUUUUGUGAGAAGGACUUGCUUCAGACAAUCGACCGGGAAGCGGUGUUUGCAUACGCAGACGACCCUUGCAGCGCCAACUACCCUCUCAUGAAGAAGAUGCGUGCGGUGCUGGUGGAGCACGCCUUGGCCAAUGGCGAGGCUGAGCGCAACGCGGAAACCUCGGUGUUUGCCAAGGUUGCUACAUUCGAGCAGGAGCUCUGCGCGGCACUGCCUCAGGAGGUCGAGGCUGCUAGAGGUGCAGUGGAGAAUGGCACCGCCGCAGAACCGAACCGUAUCGCUGACUGCCGGUCAUACCCUCUGUACCGGUUCGUGCGCAAGGAGUUAGGGACGGUGUACUUGACCGGAGAGAAGACACGGUCACCCGGGGAGGAGGUGGACAAAGUGUUCAUUGCCAUGAACCAGGGAAAGCACAUCGACGCUCUGCUAGAGUGCCUGAAGGAGUGGAACGGCGAGCCUCUGCCUAUCUGCUAA